AAAAAGACACCAACGGAGAUGCUUUGUGGGUUUGGUGUUAUCCGUCCAUAACAGCUGAGCUGAGGAGUCUGUUGCUGCGAAAGUGCUGCCUGACAGAUGAAAACAAAUUGCUUCAUACGUUUGUGUUUGGCCAGUAUAAAAGGUUGUGGUUCUACAUCACAACGGUGGAAGUUCAAGAUUCUCCAGCCUUGAAAAUGGUGACCCACUUCUCCAUUGUUCUGACGGCCAAAGACUUCAACCCGGAGAAAUACGCAGCCUUCAGUAGGAUACUGUGUAGAAUCUACUUCAAGCAUGGCAGUCCAGUUAAAAUGAUGGAGAGUUACAUUGCAGUCCUUACGAAGGGCAUCUGCCAAAGCGAGGAAAAUGGAUCUUUCCUCAGCAAAGAUUUUGAUGCUCGGAAGGCUUAUCUUGCUGGGUCGAUCAAAGAUAUAGUGUCCCAGUUUGGAAUGGAAACGGUUAUCUUGUAUACAGCACUGAUGCUGAAGAAGAGAAUUGUAGUGUACCAUCCUAGAAUAGAAGCUGUCCAGGAGUUUACCAGGACUUUGCCUGCUUUAGUGUGGCAUCGACAGGACUGGUCAAUUCUUCAUUCGUACGUACAUCUAAAUGAGGAGGAAGUGGAAGCCUUAAAAGCCUGCACAGGUUACAUUGCUGGAUUUACAGAUUCUGAGGUGACCAGCAGAACAGACCUCUAUGAUGUGUAUGUGAAUUUGGCAGACAACGAGAUCACUAUUUCCCCUGCAGUAAAAGAGACAAUGACAAUGGGGAAACUUCACAAGGAAAUCGGACAACUAAUCGUUCAAUCUGCAGAAGAUCCUGAUAAAUCAGACAGCCAAGUCAUUAAGGAUAUUUCUCUGAAGACAAAAGAGAUUUUGGCUACUUUAGCCUCACUUACUGAAGUUUCUGAUGGCAAUGAAAAACCAACCCUCAACCCUGAGGCCCUGAAGGAAAAGCGCUUUCCACCAGCUACAGAAAACUUUCUUUUUCAUUUAGCAGCCGCUGAACAAAUGCUCAAAAUCUGAUUUUGAUGCACCGCAGUGUUAUGGACCAAUUCAAAAAUACCGUCUUUGCCAUACAGAUAGGAGGAGUACCUGAUACUUUAUAUGGAAAAAUUAAAGGUAUAAGUGUGAAUGUCGUAUUU